AUGUCGUAUUCUUUAUACAACGAAAGCAAAACACACGGUCCGCUAAACGAAUUAGCAAAACUGUUUCUACAGACGAUAGACCGUGGAACCAAUUUAGCGAAGAUAAAAAACGAAAUAAGAGAACAUGUGAAAACAAGAAAUAAUCUUGAGCCAUCGCAAAUGUUGGAAAACUUGAAUAGGCCCAGAUAUCAGCGACAAUUUCGAUGUUUAUUAGGCUAUUGCUAUGAGACGGGUGCAUUGGGUGCUAAAGUUAAUUUACGAAAAUCUGUGCAUGAAUAUAAAACCGCUGCUGAUAAUGAAUAUGCUUAUGGACAAUUUUUACUGGGAAAAUGGUAA